AUGCGCUGCACGCUAGUUCCGGGCUGGUGCUACAUACCGUACGAGGAGAAGAAGCUGAUCGCGUACCUGGCUGGGUGCGGGACGACGGCCUGCAGCGUCUACCUGCUGACCAUGGCCGCGCGUUCGUUAAGUUUUGACAACCAGAGCAGGCCCUGUUGCUUCCAGACCAGUGCGUUCACCCUCGAGAUCACACUGGUGGUAAUCUUUUCGAUCGUGUACCUCGUCAUCGGAGGAGCCUUCUUUUGGGGCAUUUGGCGCGAGCAAGCGCAGUGCCUGCUGCCCUUCCUGUGCUUCCUCAUAGCAGCGACCGGGUUCCUCGGCCAUGUGCACAUCGAUUGGAUGCUGUACGAAGCCGGCAUCGGUGAGCGCCCGUUCGGCAUCUUCGCCUUCGUUUGGGCAACGCUGGUGCUGACGUUUGCGAGCACUAUCAUUUUGCUGCUUUAUCGCGAAAUGAAUUCGGGAGUUCGGUCGAAAAAGGGCGAUUUCGAGGUGUUGUAUAACAACGAGAAAUUUUAG